GAUCGGAUGUACACACAUAUGCGUCCAUGUACACACCAAAAUCUAUAAAUUUGUGCCCAAAGUCCAGGAACGUCAAUUUCUGCAGAGAUGAACACAAAAACAUGACUUUCCAGUCUUCUUCUUCUUCCUUACUCAAACGCGGCUUCUGUUUGCUUCUCCCCCUAUAUUACGCACCAUCUUUUCAUUCUUCUCAACCCCACUGGCCACUCGUACAUUUUGAGUUAAGAGUUAAUCUCUCUCGAUUCUAACACCUACCCAUUUCGCAUAAGUGCGCUAAUUGUAACCCCAGAUUCUUCAUUUUGGUAGAAUCUCAGUAACAGCAGAACCCCUAAUUUUCAAUUUGAAGUUAGGGUUUGUAUAAUUCAAUGGCUUCUGCUGCGAUUUUCUCGUCAUUGAGGAGGAGAAUAUUCCCUCCCGUCAAUGCUUUCUUAGCCCCGGUUGAUUUGACGAAUGCUGCACUGUUGAAUGCACUAAGGGGAGUGACGUCAGAACUGGAGUCAUCGUUCUCUGGGUUGAAUUUGCUGUUUCAGCGGGAGAAUUCGCGGUCUUUGGUCCGAAAGAUUGAGGUAAUUCAUGUUUUGUUGGAAAAUUUAAGUGAGUCGGGUUUGAGUUUGCCGCCGUCUGCUGUUCUUUGUUUGGGGGAAAUGUAUGUGAUGUUGUAUCGGUGUAAGAUGUUGCUCGAGUAUUGCGUAAGGUCUAGUGGGUUAUGGCUUUUGAUUCAGUGCCUUUCAGUUUCGGGGCAAUUUCAUGAUUUGAAUUUGGAAAUGUCCACACUUUUGGAUGUUUUUCCGUUGGACGAAGUUGCAAUGAAUGAUGAUGUGCGGGAACAAGUUGAGUUGUUGCGAAAACAGUGUAGGAAAGCCGAGUAUUUUGUUGAUAUAAAAGAUGAGAUAUUGAGGUUUGAGUUGUUUUCAUAUUUGGAUGAGUUUGAGCAUGGAAAUGUUCCGCUUGCGGAGGAAUUGUCUUGCUUUUUUAUUGAAAAAUUGCGGAUUAUGGAUGUUGAGUGUAUCAUGAGUGAAAUUGAGUUCUUGGAAGAGCAAAUUGUUAAUAGUGAAGGGGAUAUUGAGCCUACUGCUUCUGUACUCUAUGGUUUUGUUGCAAUGUGUCGGUAUUGUCGGUUUCUGUUGUUUGGUAUUAAGAAUGUUGAGUUGGGAUUGGAAAAUGACAAGCGGGAGAAACGUAUGACUAGUCAAGAAACUGAGGAGAGUUAUGUUUCGGUUCCAGUAGAUUUUACUUGUCCGAUCACAUUGGAUUUGAUGAUGGACCCUGUCAUAAUUUGUACCGGACAGACUUAUGAUCGAUCAUCGAUAACAAGGUGGGUGAAAGAUGGGAACUAUACUUGUCCAAAGACAGGACAGGAUCUUAUUCACACACAUCUCGUGCCCAAUAGGGCUAUGAGGCAUUUUAUUAUGCACUGGUGUAAUGCAUAUGGAAUUUCCUAUGAUUCACCCAUAGACUCUCCUGGGAAGUUUUCAGCUUCUUCAGCAAGCAAGGCUGCAAUUGAAGCUAAUAAAGCUACAGCACAACUUCUUAUUCACCAGCUUGCAAAUGGGUCACAGGGUGCUAAAACGGUUGCGGCUCAAGAAAUACGUUUAUUAGCAAAGACCGGAAGAGAAAACCGUGCUUAUAUUGCAGAUGCUGGGGCAAUACCCCAUUUGAAGGCUCUGCUUUCUUCCUUAAAUGCUGUAGCACAAGAAAAUUCAGUAACUGCUAUUCUUAAUCUGUCAAUAUAUGGCAAGAAUAAAAAACAUAUUAUGGAUGAAGCAGGUUGUUUGGGAUCAAUUGUUGAAGUUCUAAGAUUUGGGCACACAACUGAGGCAAGGGAAAAUGCAGCGGCAACAUUGUUUAGCCUUUCUGCUGUUCAUGACUACAAGAAAAGAAUAGCACAAGAAGAUGGUGCAGUCGAAGCAUUGGCAUGGCUGUUGAUGCAGGGGACUGAAAGAGGAAAGAAAGAUGCUGUGACGGCCUUAUUCAACCUAUCAACUCACAUGGAUAAUUGUGCAAAAAUGAUAGACUCAGGGGCCGUAGCAGCACUAAUAUGGGCACUAUCGCAUGACUCUGUUUCAGAAGAAGCAGCGGGUGCAAUAGCCAUUCUUGUUCGGCAUCCAACUGUUGCUAAAGCAGUUGGGAACGAGGAAACAGCUGUGGCAGGAUUAAUUGAUAUGAUGCGUUGUGGGAGUCCAAAAGGAAAAGAGAAUGCAGUUGCUGCUUUGCUUGAACUAUGCCGGGGAGGUGGCGAAGCUGCAACACAAAGGGUGCUGGAGGUACCUGCAAUGCUUGUUUUACUUCAAAGUUUACUUUUUACAGGAACAAAGAGAGCGAGAAGAAAAGCAGCAUCACUUGCUAGAGUUUUCCAGAGUUGUGAGAGUGCAUCAUUGCAUUUAAAUGGGUCGGGUGUAGGUUAUGCAUUUGCUGGGAACUCGGCUGCGAAUGCAGAUCCAAGUUUCGCUGAGGAUAUUCUCUUGCCAGUACCAAUUUCAAUAUUUCUUCCAGUUGUUUAGUGGUAACUUGCCCAUUUUAUUGGCCUCCCAAAAUGUUUACAACCCCAAACUUAGUUUUCUAAUUUUCUUAAUUCUUUGAUUCAAAUUAUAAUGAAAUAUAGAAAUAGAAUAAGUGAUUUGUUUGGGAGAAUGGAGAUGAGAACAUGUAUAUUCAUAAAGUAGUAUGUUAGAGCAUGUCCAACGGUAUUGGCUAUAGUGGUUGGUUAAAUUGGACAUGCAAGACAUUAUGUAAAAUUUGCUGAACCUGUAAUACAUUUUGCUUCGA